AUGGACAUGCUCCUUGGCAUUCUCCUCCUACUAGCAUGUGUAAGGGCUUCACUGAUCGACCGUAGACCCAUUGUCGAAAGGUUUAAUCCAAUACGCACAUCCUCUAACCCAACGACACCUUUGCAGGUUGGCAAUGGGAACUUCGCCUUCGGGUCAGACAUAACCGGGCUUCAAACCUUUCUACCAUUCGCUACAAUGUCGUCGUGGGGAUGGAAGAACGAUAGUUUGCCCCCUGGGAAGACAGUCCAGGAUGUGGAGAAUUAUCGUGGAGUAUCUUGGGACAACCACGGCCGACUAGUUCAAUACGAUUUCAACGGCGGGGACCCAGACAUUGAGCAAUGGCUGAUUUCCAACCCCAACCGCGUAAACUUGGGUCGGAUAGGUCUUGCAUUCCAUACACGCGACGGACGAAAUGUGAAUACCACAGAGGACGAUCUAACAGACAAGCACCAGGAACUCGACCUUUGGUCUGGAACGUUAACGAGCGCCUUCGCAUGGGAAGGGGAGCGGGUUACUGUCACGACGAUUGCCAGUCAGGAAAGUGACAGUGUAGGCAUCCGCGUUGAAUCGAGCUUGUUGAGAUCAGGGCAAUUGAACGUGUUCGUGGACUUUCCGUGGAACGAUGGCAAGGCGAAAUUCAGCGCCCCGUUCGUUGGUAGGUGGGACGUACCCGCCAACCACACCACGGAACUUUCGAUCGGAAGGAAUCUCGACGAAGCUCGGGCUGUAAUACGGCACACGAUGGAUGCCUCCACAUUCUUCACCUCUUUGGGGGGUGAUGCCUUCGAAAUAAACAGAGACUCAGAGUCGAUGCAUCGAUAUACAGUGAAACCGUUGGAGUCAGCUUCAUCGUUUGCCGUCACAGUAGCGUUUAGUCCUGCGGGGUCUACGCCCCUCCCAUCCUUCCGAGAAACACACGAAUCGGCGUCGGCCACAUGGGAUGAAUUUUGGCAAAGUGGAGGGUUCGUUGACGUGUUGACUGGGUCCACGGACCCGCGAGCAGUGGAGCUCCAGCGACGAAUAAUUUUGUCCAGAUAUUUGUUGCGAGUGAACGAAGCGGGUGAUACGCCCCCGCAAGAGUCUGGGCUCGUGAACAACGGAUGGUACGGCAAAUUCCACAUGGAGAUGUACUUCUGGCACUCAGCACAUUGGGCACUGUGGAAUGAUUGGGAACUUCUGCGCCGGUCCUCAGAUGUGUACUCGCGAUUCCUGUCUAGCUCCAUCAGGCGAGCUCAGGUUCAACAAAAUUGGGACGCUGGUGCUCGAUGGCCCAAAAUGACCGAUCCUUCAGGGCGUUCCGCUCCGGGGCAAAUCAACAACCUUUUGAUAUGGCAGCAAGUGCAUCCAAUCGUCUUUGCUGAGUACGAGUAUCGGGCCUUCCCCACACACGAUAUCCUCAAAAAAUGGAAAAACGUCGUGAAGGAGACAGCGGAUUGGAUGGCGAGCUUUGCGUGGUUUAAUGAGAGCUCAGGGGUGUACGACAUUGGCCCACCGAUGUACGUCGUCAGCGAAGACACCAGCCCGAAUGUAACCCGAAACGCAGCUUUCGAGCUGGCGUACUGGGACCUAGGAUUGGAGCUCGCCAGUGGCUGGCUGGAGAGACUGGGCGAAGAAGCUCCUGGGUCAUGGGCGAGUGUCAAAGAAAAGUUAGCCGCACUUCCGAUGGAGAAUGGGUUGUAUUCCGUUUAUGAGGGAAUCGAAGGCAAUUUCUGGGACGAUCCUGCAUUCACAAAUGACCACCCGGCGCUUGUCGGAUUACAUGGGUGGUUACCACAAACAAAGAACCUUGACGUCAAAGUUGCGGCAACCACUGCGGAAGAGGUAUGGUCCCAUUGGAAUAUUUCAAAUUGUUGGGGCUGGGACUUCCCUAUGCUAGCCAUGUCGGCGGCUCGAAAUGGGCAACCCGACAAGGCGGUGGAAUGGCUUCUCCACCCCUCGUUCCAGUUUGACGAUGCUGGAAUGCCGAUUGGGGGACUUUUAUGGCAAAGGGGUGGGGUGGGGAUGGGGGUGAGAACGCGCCAGGAUUUCCGCAAGAUGGAUGGAAUGUGA